AUGCCUACAGUAGGCAUAGACAUCAAGCACAAAUGCCAACCGAAGAAUAGGAAAGUAAAGAAGAGAAAUGAACCAAAAACGUGUGCAAAGCAUGGUUUUGAGGCAUCACUGAGAAAUGUAUCCGAUGGUCCUAAGGUGACAGAUUACAGGGUAUGUACGCACAAAGGUGGUAAAUUUAAUAUCAGUCCCCUAAAAUAUGAUGAACAAGAGCUUACUAUUGUAGGUGGAUCGGACUUUGCAAAAAGACACAAAACAAUCACCGAGAUAUGUACCUACUACAGCGAUAAACACAAUGGUGGCGAGGAGAUAGAGAAACCUCUUGCAUUGAGACUUGAAGAUGAACAUGGCAAACAUCACUGGUAUGAAAAUUCCGGUUCUAAUGGAAAUAACUUAACAUGGAAAACUAUUAAAGACUCUACAGGCUUUCCUAAAUUUAGCAAUGAAUCUAAUCCAAAAUUUGAGAGGGAGCUUAAUAGACUCACCUGCAGACUCCAUGAUCUCCAUUUCGUCGACAUUUACAAGACAGAUAAUUAUAACUGCGCAUGUGGUGAGGCCAAUGUCACAGUUUCUGAAAAUGACUAUGGCAGUGUUUAUGGAUAUACCAAAUAUGAGCACAAAUACACUGUUAAGCCAAACUCUGUUAGGUAUAACAGUACUUUUCUCAAAUUGAAAGAUAAUGAAGGAGAUGAGGAAAUGACACUCAAAUCCGAGGAUUUCAGUGGAGUAUCCGUCUACUACUGGAACGCAGACAAAGAUCGUAGAAAGAUACCUCUACUCAUAGAGGUAACCGUUUUGGGUGUGAAAGCUUUUCUCGGUAAUGAUGGAACUGUAAAUAACAAUGAUAAUACCAAGUGGAAGAUGAUACGAUCCGAAGAUAUUUAUGAUAAUUUUCCAACAGUAUCUCAAGAUAAACUUGAGGAAAAGCUUAAAGAGCUCACCUGUAGAUUCUUCGGACCGGAAGACACAAAUGGCUACUGUAAAAAGGAGUGGUGUAAUAAGGAAGAAUCUCUUCAGUGUCCGGAAGAUAUCAAAAGAAAGCUUGAGGAACAAGCUGAAGAACAACCUCUUCCUCCUCCACCUCCCGCUUCUGUUCCUGUUGCCGCGCCUGUACAAGAACUCUCUUUAACUGACAAUAGAUGUAGCGAAGUUGAAGCUAUAGUAGACCUUGGCGGGGAAUUAUUGCAAACAGCUAGUCCUCUUAUCGAGUUUGGAUCACUUGUAGCUGGAUUUACUGCUAAAGAUCUAGCUGAUAACCUGUAUGAGAAGCUGAAGUUGGCUCUUAAACUGGCCGACAAGAUUAUUUGCCCUGGUGAUAGUGAUAGGGGAGAAGAUGCUGAAAGUGGUACUCCUGUGGUUCAAGCUCAAACUGAUCAACGCAUUACUCCUACUAUUACCGAUGAAGAAUCUAAGACCGCUGCUUAUAAUGGUGGUCUUCCUAAUCCUAAAGCUGAUCACGAAGGAGCUAAUACUGAUCUAGCUGCUCUUUCCAAACUAGGUGAUUCCAGGCCUAAUACUCCUCAUCCAGUGCUUAUAGGUUUUAGGCCUACUCUUGAUGGAUUAGAUGUGGCAACUUCUUUUCCUCCAGUACUCAUACGUGGUUAUUCUCCUGGUCCAUUUGGUGAUUCUAGGGGCACUGCUCUUUCUGAACUAGAGGGUGGUUUUGCUCCUCAAUCCUUACCUGAGGAACAAGUUGCUAGGUCCAGCGCUCCUUUUGGAUUUAUAGGUGGUUCUAAUGAUCUUCUUUCUACUAAAAAAGAAAAUGAUCAAUAUACGUACUCGGAUGGAACCCCUAAAGUUUAUACCACUGAAGUUCAGGUUCCUCAUCAACCUGAUGUAUCAACUGUCCAAGGUACUACUUCUGAAUCCACUUAUAAUUGUAGAUCUCUACCAUAUACUGUUCCUUCCAAUGCUCUAUUCUAUUGUGAUCCUAAAACUGGAGGAGUGGCUGCUUCUCUAUCUCUACCAGCUGGACCCGGAGAACCCGGACAUGCUGUUACUGAUAAUGGUAAAGGUCCUCAAGAAGAAGCUGUUGAAGGUACUCCUGGUGGUGAUAAUGAUCCUGCUAGUAGUGAAGCUGAGGAGAAAAGACUUGCUCCUGAAGAUCCUAGAGAAUCUGGAGAACUAGAACUAGAAGAUGAGGACGAUGAAGCUGAGGAUGAAGAAGAGGAAGAUGUUGAAGAAACUGAAGAAUCUGUACCUACUGUACCUGACGGUGAAGCUGCUUCUUCCUCUGCUCCCGAAACUCCUUCUGCUGCUCGUAAAGAAGCCUCUUCUGAUGACUCUGGUAGUUAUAGUGGUUCUGGAAGUAGUAGUAGUAGUGGAGGAUCAGAAUCUUCUGGUAGCGGUUCUAUUCCAUCCUCAUCCCAAUCUAAUCAACCUGUUGCUGAUAAAAAACUAUGGGAGGCGGUUAGUGGAGCAGUAGCUACAGCCAUUAGUCAUGGAAUAGCUGGAUCAACUCUUGCUGGUGUAACUGGAGUGUAUGCUGCCAAUGAGAUUCUCAAAAAUGCAGUUCCAGUAGCUCUUGAACUUGUGGAGGGUAUUAAAUCUAAAGUUUCUGGUCUUGAUUCUAGUCGUAAAACCGACGAAAGGGAACCUGAAGGAGCCCCUAAAGGAGGUGGUCCUACUGCUACUUAUCCUUAUAUUCCUCCUGGAGGAUCCGCUACUAAUUCCCAACAGUCUGGAACUGCUCUUCAAUCUCCUGCUGUUGUUGAUAAAGGUAGAGAAGCUGGAGGAGUCACUAUUCAGCUUGACAGUAGAAUUUCUUACCCUAUUAACCAUAGCGGCAGGAAAAUGAUAGAUGUUACUUCUUACCAUAAUCCUCCUAUGAAAGGGUAUUCUGCUUAUGAGCACAUGAUUGGAAAGGACCUUAAAAUCAAUAAGUUUACAGUUAAAAGUAAGGAACAAACCUUUAUACCAGAAGCUGCACCUGUGGAAGGUGUUAAGAGCGUAAUAGUAUAUGUUUUAACUUGUGGUGGUAGCAGUACACCUUUACUACUCUAUUUUAAGGAUAAAGGUGGAAGAAAGUGGUAUGAAAACACUAAAAAUGAUGAAUGGAAGAGCGUUUCUGGUAAACUAACUACUAGAUCUCCAGAACAAGCAUACCUUGAUAACACCCUUAGGACUGCUCUAAAGACCAUAAAAAAUAGUUUGGACGUUAAAUGUAAAGGUAAGAAAAAAUGGAUGUCUGUGCCUCAAAAUGAUGGUAGUAACGACAUCCAAGAUCUAGUAGAAAGUAGACAGCAUAACAACCUUGGACGUUCAGACGUGGACAAUGUUAUUUCUCAGAUUAUUCCACUGGCAAAACCUCCAAAGCUUAAACUAGACGUGCAACAAGGAGGUGAUAACAACUUUGACUUAUACGGAAAUCAAGAACCACAAAAUAACAUUGCUCAACCUCCUAAAGCUCUUCAACAACAACGUACUGCUGACUCAUCUGAUAACCAAGGUAAUACUCUUCAAGGUGGAGCUGAUCCCGGUACUACUGUUUCUCCUGGAGCUCCUGGUGGAGGAACUUCUGUAGCUCAAGGUGAAACUACUACUCCUAAAGCUGCUCCUCCUAAAAAACCUGAACCUGCUUCUGAAUCUGCUACUGCUGCUGUUACUGGAGUUGGUGAAGCUGGUAUUAUUGGUCUAAGCUCAUGGGCUAUCUUUGGAGCAUCUUCUGGUACCCUUACUGGAGCUGGUGGUCUUACUGGACUUGGUUGGUGGAUGUUUAAACGUUCUAAAUGA